AUGAAUCGAGUCAACCGACGAAGCGGCCUACAUGAAGAAAGCCUCCAGAACCUGCUCGAAAGCCAGGCAGCCGAAGCCCAACGCCGCCAAGAAGCCAUCAACCGCCAGCGGCGAGAGGAGCAGGAAAGAAAGCAGCGCCAGGAGUUCCUGAAGCAGAAGGAAGAAGCCGAGAAGCAGGAACUCGAGCGGAAGCUGGAAGAGGCAAGAAAGGAAAAGGCGAAGUUGGAAGCGAAAGCAGCAGCGCGGCGCCAAGUGGAAGAAAACACAAGAAUCCGCCAGGAAUACUUCGCGCAGAAAGAACGAGAAGAACGAGAGGCCAAGCGACGCCUGGAGACUCAACAGAAGCUGCUCGAAAAAGCCGACAAAGCCGCAGAAGCCGCCACCGGAGAAGACAAGCCACUCAGAUCCCCUCGCAUCAGCAUCUUCCAAGUGGCCGAAACCGGAGAGCGUGGAAACUACUACUACCUCACAAAGAAACAAGCCAAGCUCAUGGACAAAGCCGCCAUUCGAGAAGCACUCAACCAUCGACGAAGCGAAAACGACAAGCUCAGCGCGGAAGAGCGACAAGCAGCAAAGGAAGCCUGGUUCAGCAGCCUCAGCUUCGAGAAGUUCUCCAACUCGCAGAAGCCUGACCACAAGUUCGCCAAGUACCACCGACCAAGCGGCUGGCGAAUCAAGGACGAGCCACCCUUCAACGCCUCCAGCCUCAUCCGCAAGCACGAGAUCCGGAUGUGCCAUUAUAUCUUUGAAUUCGUCAAUUAUCGAGGCAUCAAGCGGCGAUUCAAAGAAGCUUACGAUGCCGGCCUCAUCGACCCUCAGCGUCUGGACAUCCUCAUGGUCUUCACGAUGAAGAUCGUCGGCGGGAAGCUAGUCAAGUUCAUCCGCCACAUGUUCGUCCGAUGCUUCCACGACCACAACAUCCAGCUGCCAGGCAUCAACAUCGAAGCAGCACCAUCAGCCGACUACUAA